AGUUAGUCUAUGAAACAGACGUCAUUGGUAAGAAACUGUUUGUCAGAUAGAAUCCAACAAUAUUUUGGAAUAAUUACGACGCGUAACAGGUGAAGAUGUCUAUUGGAGUACCUAUUAAAGUCCUCCAUGAAGCAGAGGGCCACAUUGUCACCUGUGAAACAAACACGGGAGAAGUAUACAGGGGGAAACUGAUUGAGGCUGAGGAUAACAUGAAUUGCCAGAUGGCAAACAUCACUGUAACCCAUAGGGACGGUCGGGUUGCCCAGCUAGAGCAGGUCUACAUCCGUGGAAGUAAGAUCCGAUUCCUCAUUCUGCCAGACAUGCUAAAAAACGCUCCCAUGUUGAAGAGUAUGAAGAACAAGAAUCAGGCAUCAGGUGCUGGAAGAGGAAAAGCAGCUAUUCUCAAGGCUCAAGUGGCCGCCAGAGGCCGUGGACGAGGUGGGAUGGGAAGAGGCAAUAUUUUCCAAAAGAGACGAUAGACAGUUUUUCG